AUGGACGCAAGUGACCCUCUCUUCUGGGAUCACUUUGAGAACUUUCUGCAAGGUCCUGGGAAGAAACACUCUCGCGGGUGUCAAAGAACAAGGUUGUGCGGCAUGAAGGGGAUCCGCAACCACGAGCUACUGACAAUCUGCUCGUGGGAAGCGUGCCUUGCCGAUCCAGAGUUCUACUGUGAUCAGAAGCGCUUUCAGGAGUGCGCUGCGUGCGGUCUGGUCGCGUACUGCUGGCCGAUGGUGGUGAACGUCGAAGAUGGAUGCCGCGAGUCUUCUUAG